CUGAUCGGGCCCGUCCCUGGGCCCAACCGUCAUUGGCUAGCCUUGCGCUGACAGCGCCUUCAAAUGCUCGUCUCGGCGCCUAAACGUAACCGUCACUACAAACUGUUCCUCUCUGCUCGUCUCUCUCGCGACGCGACGCCAAGAAACCAAGAAGCCGAGAAGCCAUCCGCCUCCGCCUUCCUCAAUCCUCUCGAGUCGUCGGCAGCAAUGGAGGUGUUCGAGGGCGCGGAGUUCGUGCGGCUGCGGAGCCUGGAGCACGGCACGUACCUCCACGCCGCCGAGGACGGCCGGGGCGUCCUCCUGGAUGCGCGCCGCGCGUCGCACCACGCGGCGUGGGCCGUGCAGAGGCUGCAAGCCAGCGGCGGGGGCGGCGGCCGUGGCACGCGGCACGUCCUCCUCCGCGGCGUCUACGGCCGGUACCUCGGCGCCCCCGACCCGCGCUGGUCGCUCCUCCCCUGCCGCCGCCGCGCUGCGACCCAGCGCGACCGGGACGAGCGGGAGAUCCAGGCCAUCAUGUGGCGCGCCGUCGGGACGGGCGCCAGCGCCGGCGUCGUCCUGUUGCACGACGCGCACGGGCGCUACCUCCGAGCCAACUGGAGGCGCCUCCCCUGCCGCUCCGGCGUCGCCGUCGCCGGCGGCGGCUGCCUUGGCCCGACGAUGCAGUGGGCUGUCGAGGUCAUCCCCUGGACCCACGCCCGGCCUGAGCUCCCGAUCACAAGCGUAUCGGAAUGGGUGAAGCUCUUCGACUGGGCGUGCGCGCCGCUCGCUAGCGUUCGCCGGUGGGUGUGGAGAACUUCCCAGCAGCGGGAGAUCCGGUGGGUGCGGGCCAACGACUCCGGCAACUUCAGCGAGGAGGACUGGGCCUCCUUCCAGUACUCCGGGAGGUCCACGAUCCUGCUGAGGAGCGAGCUGGCGCACCUCACGCUACAGUUCUACCGCCUCAUGGUGUGCAUCCGCGCCGGCCGCCACGGGCAGCCGACCCCUCUCGUCACGGACCUGCCACGCAGCAGGGAGCCCCUUGACAUUGUGGUCCUGAGAGCCCACGCCAGAGCGGCUGAUCAGUUUAUUUUCCCUGAUGUGGAUAAGGAGACGGCAAGUCCAGCAGUGGAAGGUGUAUUCUUAUGACCGCCUGGCAAUUCGCCUCUUCGAAAGCAUCACAGUUCGUCCCAGAUUUGAUGGCAUGAGGACUGGAUGGUUCUUUUUGCUCUGAUAGAUUCAGAGCUUCAGUUCUAAGUUUUAGUGUCAGGGAGCAGCAGUCAUGAUAGAUUUGUUGUCAGGGAGCAGCAGUUGUGGUUUGGUCUUUCAGCUUCAGAAAAUUCAGGAAAUAACGAAACCGAUAGGGGUUGAUCAUAAUGGCUGAACAGUUUUGGCUUUUCAGGUUUUUAGCUGUAGAAUGGUUGCAGUUCUACUCUUCAUCUAUGUGAAUGGUAUGGCAUCAGUCAUGUUGAGACAGUGCCAAUGUGAUUUCGGCCGUAGAUUGUUACUGAUCGACCCUGUCUGUAGGAAUUAUAUGCUGUUCUGAGAUUUGACAGCAACACCUGAAUCUUCUGUGCCCAUUUUUAGUUGCUCUGAUUUCAGAUAGGACUCCUGAAAGUAACAAUGUUCCAUACUUCCAUUG